AUGGGAACGACCUUUCCCACUUUGCAGUCAUCGGCUGUGCAAAAUGAACGCGACCGUAUAAGCAACCGGAGGCCCAGCUACGAUGAUUCGAAUAAUUCAUCAGGACUCUCAGUCAAAAAUCUACUCAACGCUGAAAUGUACUCAAGAAAUCAAGGAGGACCUCACACGAAUUCAGCAUCACGAACAAAAAAGGUCGCUACCAUUGGCGACGUAUGUGAAUCCAUGAAGCAGCAACUUGUCAUUCUCGUUGACUGGGCAAAGUCGGUACCCUCAUUCACGGAACUUUCAAUAGAAGACCAGGUGGCGCUGCUGCGCGCGCACGCUGGCGAGCACCUCCUGCUGGGCCUGGCGCGGCGCUCGAUGCACUUAAAGAACGUGUUGCUGCUCGGCAACGACUUCAUCAUCCCGCGCGUAUCUUCCGAGGUUGAGAUCAGCCGUAUCGGGGCGCGCAUCAUGGACGAGCUGGUGACGACGCUUAGAGAGGUGCACAUCGACGACACCGAGUUUGCCUGCCUCCGAGCCAUCGUCUUCUUCGAUCCACGUGAGCUGACGACACCGUCGGUACACCUGGCUGCUUGCUGUCGCUCGCUGACUCGUCGCGACCGG